UGGCAUUGGUGUUGGUGCAUUUUUAUAGCAUCAGUUGAUUAUUCGCGCGGAGAAACUUUCACCUUGGGAUACCUCACAGGGUCAAAGAGACGUCCAGGCGACUAUAGCUAUCAAAAACCUGGUAGAGUUAUUUCAGGAGCUUUUACCAUGGCUGUGGAUGAAGUGAAUGAAAAGUUACUUGGACCAAUGGGACAUUCCUUGGAUUUUGUGAUUGCUGAAACCUACGGUCAGGAAGAGGUGUCCAUAAAACAGGUGGCCGCGCUCUGGGCAGCCAAUGUGUCAGCAUACAUUGGACCGCAAGAAACUUGCGUUCAUGAGGGCCGUAUGGCCGCCGCUUUCAACUUGCCGAUGAUCAGCUACUUUUGCCGCGACGUAGCAAACUCCAACAAACGCGUGUACCCCACCUUCGCACGCACUCGUCCCUCCGACAUCGACAUAUCCCGCUCCGUGGUCGCCGUGCUCACGCAUUUCAAAUUCAUGCAUAUUGGUGUUGUCUAUUUAAAAGCCCAAAACCACGACUUCUCCCGGUUAGCGACGGCGAUAAUAGCGGCUGCAAGAGAGAAUCAGAUAUCGGUACGAACUGUGCAGGUGUACCGACAGCCCUAUUACUAUGAAAAUAUAAAAGAAAAUAUCAGUCGUAAUCCAUUCCUUGAUGUCGUUAAAGAAACUUACAAAGACACACGAAUUUACGUGUCAGUUGGAUAUUACCAUGACCACAUUGGACUUAUGCUGGCUUUGGAUUCCUUAAAACUUUUGGAUUCAGGAGAGUAUGCAGCUAUUGGAGUGGAUGUCGACAAAUACGAAUCUGAGGAGGCGAUCCGUUACCUAUCUGGGCCGUUACGCAAAGAACCAAUACCGAGAACACUCCAUGCAUUUCGCUCGUACCUCGCCGUCGCUCCAUCGCCUUCACCGUCGUAUCCAGCAUUCGAGCAAGAAGUUAAUAGGAGACUCCAACUGCCGCCAUUUAAUUUCAUUAAUCCAUUGGUCACUAUGGGUGGCGGGAAAGUGAUCCCAGUGGAAGCGGCAUGGCUUCACGACUCAGUGUGGGUGUACGCGAGAGCUCUUGCCACUGCACUCAGUAUAGGAGAGGACCCGCGGGACGGUCGAGCUCUAAUGCUUCACGUUAGGAACACAACCUAUCGCAGUGUCAUGGGCUACUGGGUGCACAUGGAUGAGAACGGAGAUGCGGAGGGUAACUACACACUCCUGUCCAUGGACCCAGAGCGACCCCCGGGGCUGUAUCCACUCGCUGUUAUGCACAAGAAGGCGCCGGAAUUGAGAUUCCUGCGGGAAAUGAAAUGGCCCGGAGGGCGGGUGCCUCUCUCAGAGCCGCCGUGCGGAUUUAGGGGAGAAAAAUGCGUCAGCCACGUCGGCGCUUGGACAUUGGGCGCAUCUGGUGGCACGUUAGCACUGCUGGCCUUGGCAGCUUUAGCACUUUACCGAGGAUGGCGGUACGAACAAGAGCUGGAUUCACUGCUCUGGAAGAUUGACUUUCGAGAUCUGCACCUGCCCGAUGACGAACAGAAUGACAACAAACUGAGUAGAGCUGAUUUUUUCCAGCAAGAUAGCAGCGCAGCCAUGAACACCAAUUCGUCAAACAACAUAAUCGGGAACUCGGAAAAGAGUGGAGGAGGGAGUAUAGGAGGAGCACGAUCUAGUCAAGUAUCACUAAGUUCCAAUCCGGACCUGGACUUCCGUUACUCGGCCAUAUUUACUGAAGUGGCGUUCUACAGGGGCCGACUGCUCGCAGUCAAGCGUGUGAGGAGGCAUCAAAUCGACAUUAACCGUGAGAUUAAAAAGGAACUUAAAAUUAUGCGGGACUUACAGCAUGACAAUUUAAAUAGUUUUGUUGGCGCCUGCAUCGAGCCACCAAAUAUUUGCGCCUUAUCUGAAUAUUGUACGAGGGGGAGCCUUAAAGAUAUAUUAGAAAAUGACGACAUCAAGUUGGACAACAUGUUUAUCGCUUCGCUCGUUGGUGAUAUCAUCAGAGGCAUGAUUUUUAUUCACGAAUCUCCAUUGCAAUAUCACGGAGCAUUGAGGCCCUCCAAUUGCCUUGUAGACGCUCGUUGGGUCGUUAAACUAGCAGACUUUGGCCUCAGAGAGUUCAGAAGAGGAGAGUUGCCACCGUCAGAACCUAUUGCGUUGAGAGCCCACAUUGAAGGUUUGCUGUAUCUCUCACCGGAGCUGCUACGUGCGGCGGGCUGGGGGCCGGGGGGCGGCGCAGACCUGCACGGCUCGCCGGCCGCCGACACGUACGCGUUCGCUCUGCUGCUAUACGAGCUGCACACGCGCCGCGGACCCUUCGGCCCGGACGCACCGAACCCGCCCACUCUACUGCGUCGCAUCGCCGUUCAUGACUCGCCGCCUUACAGACCUCCUCUGGAAGCGUUAGCUGGAAGAUUCGACUGCGUGCGCGAGUGUUGUGUGGAGUGUUGGGCGGAGGAGCCAACCGCAAGACCAGAUUUCAAAGCCAUUCGUACGAAACUGCGUCCUCUACGGAAAGGCAUGAAACCAAAUAUUUUUGAUAACAUGAUUGCCAUGAUGGAGAAAUAUGCGAAUAAUCUUGAGGCCCUCGUCGACGAGCGUACUGACCAGCUGCAGGAAGAAAAGAAGAAAACUGAGGCGCUGCUAGAGGAGAUGCUGCCCGCGCCGGUCGCCGAGCAGCUGAAGCGCGGGCGCCGAGUAAUGCCCGAGAGCUACGACUCCGUCACCAUUUACUUCAGCGACAUCGUCGGCUUCACCGCCAUGUCCGCGGAGAGCACGCCGCUUCAGGUGGUGGAUUUUCUCAAUGAUCUCUACACAUGUUUUGACUCUAUCCUGGAAAAUUUCGAUGUAUACAAAGUGGAAACCAUAGGAGAUGCUUACAUGGUUGUGUCGGGGCUGCCGCUGCGCAAUGGCAUCCAGCACGCGGGCGAGGUGGCGUCCAUGGCGCUGGCGCUGCUCGCCGCCACGCGCGCCUUCCGCGUGCGCCACCGCCCCGAGCAACGCCUGCUGUUGCGCGUCGGCCUGCACUCGGGGCCUGUGUGUGCUGGAGUAGUAGGGUUAAAAAUGCCGCGAUAUUGCCUUUUUGGUGACACCGUCAACACUGCUAGCCGAUUUGAAUCAACCGGAGCUCCACUCAAGAUUCACUGCAGUGCGGCUUGCAAGGCUUUACUUGACCAGCUUGGCGGAUAUAUCCUAGAAGAACGUGGCAUUGUUUCCAUGAAGGGCAAGCGGGAUCAGGUGACGUACUGGCUGCGCGGCGAGGCGGCGGGCGCGGCGGCGGCGCGGACGAGACGGCGAGGUCUGCGUGCACACGCAGACGGGCCCCGCACCGGCCAGCGCAGCUCGCUCAAGGCGCGUAACUGGAAAAACCACCUCGGCGGCUUGCACAGGUGUUGUAGCUUAGAGUCUCCAAAGAAAUUACGAUUUGCUUCGGGUAAUCAUUUAGAAUCUCAAACCGACAGCGUACUUCAUCAUAGAAGCGAUGAGUAUCUAAUGGAGGUGGUAGGCGAGGGUCGUCUGGCGCCCACACAACGUAGCGACCUUUUGGAAGCGCCGAGCUUACGGCACGAGUACACGAGCGUGUCGUGUCCUAUCAUCGAACACGUUGAGAGCGCUCACCCGCAAGAGUCCGAAACUCCGCUUGACAAGCUGCUCGUCAAGUCGCACGAUAAGCUGCCCGAUAAUAAGUCGUAUGAUAAGCUGCCCGAUAAGUUGCUCGAUAAGUGUUACGACAAGCCGCCCGACAACACGUUCAAUAAGUCUUUUGAAAAGCCGCAAACCGCACCCGAUGCCCCUUGUGACAUCCGCCUCGUCGUCAACGGCUGUUCAUACGACGAUACCGCCGCCAUUCCACUGCUCGCCGACGCAUAG